UCUGAGCUCUGCCCGUACGUUGAUUUUGUGCCUCUCCAGUGAACGUAGUAACAAAAAAACUGCAAGAAUACUUCAUAGCGUGAUGCUUUCGCCAGCUACCAUUGGAAUCAUAUGUGCUGUUAUUUGUACGGCCUUUGGUGAAGAAAGAUCUCAAACCGACAGUAAUGUCUGCAAAACGGAAGAAUGCGAGGAGCUUGUUGAAAAAAUAAAGAACCAAAGUGGAUUACCGGAACCUUGCGAAAACUUUUACAAGUACGUGUGUGGUGAAUGGGAAGGCAGUAAAGAACUCAAAUCGAAGGACUUAAAGGACAAAGCAGUAAAAGACCUGAUAGUAUUAUUGGAUGACGCCCCUAAACCAACUGCGCAAGUUUUUAAUGCAACAGACAAAUUGAUCAGGGCCUACAAGUCAUGCACGAGAACAGGAAAAAAUCAAUCGAAACUGAAAAAGUCGGUCAAGACGGUCCUGGCAGCGUAUGGUUUGAAAGCUUGGCCUGUUGUGAACGAAAAUAAUGUACAUGGAAAUAAGAACUACAAACAGAUACUACGAAAAACAGGCCCUCGCCCCUUGUUUGACUAUUUUGUGUCAAGCGAGGGACCGUACCCAAUAAUUACUAUGACCAAACCUGAGCAGUUUUUUGUGUCUGAGGCGAAUGUUGGCUUCCGUGAAGCUUCGCUCUUCGCUCGAAGUGAUGAAGGUGAGGAAGUGACGGAUCAGUACGAUGGUUACGAAGACAUCUACGAGAAAGUCGAUGAAGCAUACGAAAAUUUCAUAGAAAAGGCAUUAGAGCUGCUGAACGACACUUUAAAAGACCAGAAAACAAAUAUAUCCAAGAGCAUCAUCAAUUUUGAAAAGAAGCUUUACAACCUCACUUCUCAAGCCAGACCAGCUAAAACACAAAUGAAACUUUCAAACUUCUCCAGGACCUUAGGGAUCAAUCUUAAAGAACUGACUUUCGUCAUUGGAUAUCCUGACUGGCUAAUGAAUGACGACAUAUUGAAUAAGCUGUACCAGUUCGUGUGUGGUAACUCUCGGAGAAAUGCUUCGAGAUUGGAACUCUCUCCGUUGCCCGGCUCUCUACAAGCGCGGUGGCUGGAAGUUCAGAAGGACAUCUCGAGUUUGCUGGAAAUGCCGCACAAUGUGGGCUCUACAAGUGCGAAGAAAGUCCGUAUAACCUACAAUGCUUGUAUGAAAGAAGAUAGUGCCAAUGAUGUAGACAGUCUGAAGAACUUGCUGUCCGAUUACGGAAUAUCCGAUUGGCCGGCUAUAAGCGGUAGUGACGAAGAGGUUUACAAAGGAGGAUACGAUAUGAGUUUGCCCGAACUAGACGCCUUCUUUCACUACGACGUUGUUCAAGACAAGCAAGACAAGUCGAAGCAUAUGCUAUCGCUAUCUUUGUCUACACACUUCUUGGAAAAACAUUUAAGGAAGAAGGGAAUAACCCUCCAGUACGACACCAAGAUAUACAUAGCUGAACCGGAGUACGUCGAAAAUGUAUUCUUCCUGCUACGCAAAGCAAGAAGGUAUCAGAUAAAGAAUUAUGUAGGAUGGCGAAUAAUAGCCACUAUGGCCCCCUUCGUGAUCCAGUUAAGAGCACAUCACCAGAAAUUCAUGGCUCAGUACGGAUUCCAUGAAAAGAAAAAGAAAGACAUCUGCGUGGAAAGCGUAGCUGCUAAAGCAAGUCCCAUGAGACAUCUGCUCAGCAAGAUGUACGUUGAAAGAAAAUUUUCGCUGGAGGCCAAAAAGAACGUUCAAACGAUGUCAGAGCUGAUUCAAAGAGCACUGCUGACUUUCCUGAGUAAGUUAAAGUGGAGGACCCACAAAGCCCGACAAACGACCCUAAAAGCGGUCACAGAGAUGACCAAGCUGAUUGGUUACCCCGACUGGAUGGACAACGAAGAUGCCAUGGAGGGACUUUUAGGCAACGUACGCAACUUCACCGAACAAUCACCCUUUGUUCGGAUCUACGAAGAGUACAGGAGGGCGGCAUUUGACGACCUAAUGAAAAAGCUCUCCACGUCUUACUCGGCGACCAAUGAGUAUGUCUGCGACAUCGUGUUUCCAAUAUUUAGCGAAGGCCUGACCGCGUAA